AUGUCUCCUACUGACCAGUACACGGCGAAAUUGAAAACGAUUGAGGUUGGUGAAGUUGUGGGAUUUUCAUUUAGGUCAUCGUUAACCAUAGGGCGCACCAAGCCUGAAAAAAAAAGCUGGCGGUGUUUAUCAAGGGGGACUAGUAGAAAUGAUCCUUUUCAGCUUCUCGAAUGCAUCCCACCUCGUAUUUUCACGUCGUGUGCCUUCAUUAUGGAUACUACUCUGAGGACAGCCUGGUUUCUGGCUGCUAUCGCCGUUAUAGUAAUUUCCGAAGUUGCAUUCUUCUUUUUCCACGGCAUUUACGUGGUGAACCAGCAAAGCAGUCACGUUUCGAAAGCAACGAAAACGCUCCAAAAGUUCUUCUUCUACAACUUGUGCGCUCAGGUGGGUUUUUGAGAAGCGAAGGCUUUUCCUGUCGAUUCCGUGUAAAAUCUUCAUUCAAAGUGAUCUGUCUCAUUCCGAGGCUUCUCCCUAGAGCAUGGUGAUCCGCAAAAAUGAGUUCGUCAAGGCGUAACUGAAUGGACUACGCGCAGAAUAACCAGAAGAAGGGCAGUAAGACCAUUCUUUCCACUUGAUCAACUACACGUUUGGAAUAAAAAAAGUGUGAACGAAAAAGGUUUCAGACGAGCAUUCCGAUGGUUUUCCUAUGCGUUCCACUCGUUUCCGUCGUUUGGCUCACGAACACCCGUAGCUCUAUGCGAGGUUUGUUCAUUUUGCAACCCGAGAAAUAUCAAAUUUGA